GAUAUCGGCGUGCGCUCCUAAACCCUACUUCGUCCCCGCUUCAUUUUCCUUGUGAUGCUUCUCUUCAGUCGUCGCUAAAAUUUCCCUAAAUCUGGAGGAUUCUGUGAAGAUGCUAAAAGUUCACCGAAUCAAUUCGGUGGAAUGGACCCCGUCGCCGGUUGUAGCUCUAGCUACCAGCGCUGAUAGCUCGCAGGUCGCCGCCGCUCGUGCCGACGGCUCGCUCGAGAUUUGGCUUGUCUCUCCGGGUUCCGUCGGCUGGCACUGUCAGCUCACGAUACAUGGAGACCCUAAUUCUAGAGUGUCUUCGCUGGUUUGGUGUCAGUCCGGGCCGAGGGGUGGACCGUUGGGCCGAUUGCUGUCUUCCAGCAUUGAUGGCUCCAUUUCCGAGUGGGAUUUGUUCGAUUUGAGACAAAAGACAGUUCUAGAUUCUAUUGGUUUCUCGAUUUGGCAAAUUGCUGCAGAGCCAUGCAAUCAUUUGCGUCCGAAUGAGAGGCAGGAAGCAAAAACUUAUCAGAAUGGUCAUACUAGCACUUCAAUUACUGGUGACAUUGAUGAUGAGGAGAAUAGUGAAAGUGAAGAUGAAGAUGAUAAAAAACAUGCCGAGCUGGUUCAUGAGCAAAUUGACGCUGAAAGUACCCGGCUAGCAAUUGCCUGUGACGAUGGUUGUGUCCGGAUCUAUCGUGUUUCUGAUGCGGAAGAACUUAUUUAUAAUAGAACGUUGCCUAGGGUCAGUGGGCGCACACUUAGUGUAACCUGGAGUUCAGAUGGAAGUAGGAUUUAUUCAGGGAGUAGCGAUGGGUUCAUAAGGUGUUGGGAUGCUAAGUUGUCUCAGGAGAUAUACAGAAUAACUGUUGGUCAUGGAUAUCUGGGCGGUGAUAAUGAUCUUUGCAUAUGGUCAUUAAUUGCAUUAAGGUGUGGGACAAUAGCCAGUGGGGAUAGUACUGGUUGUGUGAAGUUCUGGGAUGGUCAGUUUGGAACACUUUUGCAGGAACAUUCAAAUCACAAAGGUGAUGUAAAUGCUUUAGCUGCAGCUCCCAGCCAUAACAGAAUAUUUUCUGCUGGUUCUGAUGGUCAGAUCAUACUGUAUAAACUUUCUACUGAGGCUGUUGAUUCUGGAGAUGAAAAAUUUGUCCCAGCUGUCAAGAAAUGGGUCUAUGUUAGCUAUGUGAGAUCUCAUACUCAUGAUAUAAGGGCAUUGACCUUAGCUGUGCCUAUCAGCCUUGAAGAUCUGCCUCCCGAUGAAAAAGUUAAGAGGUCACGAGGUCCAGACAAGCCCCUUGAUUUCAGUUACCAUAAAUGGGCUCAUUUGGGUGUGCCAAUGCUUAUCUCAGCAGGCGAUGACACUAAACUUUUUGCAUAUUCUGUAAAGGAAUUUACUAAGUUUUCUCCUCAUGACAUAUGCCCUGCACCACAGAGAAUGCCAAUGCAACUUGUUAUUAAAACACUUUUCAAUCAGACACCAUUACUUUUGGUUCAGUCUGCAAAUUUCUUAGACAUCUUUUGCGUGCGAUUGCAAAAUGGUGGUGUAACUGAUAUCGGUCCUAGCCCAUCUGGUGGGUCUGCACGGACUGAUUUAGUGGCCAGAAUUAAAUGCAAGGUUUCUCGGAAGAUCAUCUGUAGUACAAUAUCUUCAUCAGGAGAACUAGUUGCCUACUCAGAUCACAUAAAACCUAAUUUAUUUUUUUUAAAAAGAAUCAAAUCAGGCACAGGUUGGUCUGUAGAUAAAAGGAAGCUCCCUCAGGGAUUGCCAUUUGCCCAUUUCAUGGUUUUCAGCUCCGACUCUUCGAAAUUAAUACUGGCUGGGCAGGACAGAAGGAUAUAUGUUGUAGAUGUUGGAAAUGAGGAUCUCCUCCAUGCUUUCACUCCUUGCCGGAAAGAGAAUGCAGAUGGUCUCCCGCCUAGCGAACCUCCCAUUACAAAAAUGUUCACAAGCAAUGACGGCCAGUGGUUAGCUGCUGUCAACUGCUAUGGAGAUGUCUAUACUUUCAAUCUUGAGACACUGAGGCAACACUGGUUCAUAUCAAGACUGGAUGGAGCUGCGGUUACUGCUGGUGGUUUUACUCCUAAAAAUAGCAACAUUCUUAUCAUCUCCACCUCUUCAAAUCAGGUUUAUGCAUUAGAUGUGGAGGCUAAACAAUUGGGGGAGUGGUCCAUGCAUCACACAUUUUCUCUGCCAAGGAGAUACCAAGAAUUUCCCGGAGAAGUUAUUGGUCUUUCGUUCCACCCAUCCUCAACUUCAUCUUCUGUCAUUGUCUAUAGUCCCAGGGCGAUGUGCUUGAUCGAUUUUGGGAUGCCUGUCGACAGGGAUGAUGACACGGACUUGACAAAUGGUCUGGUUUCAACAACAAGAAAGGUACACAGCAAUGGAGUGAGUAAGCGGAAACGACAGGGUUCAGAAAAUAAACACGGCGGUAGAAAGAACUUUGAAUUUUGUGCAUUCAGAGAUCCUGUUUUAUUUGUUGAGCAUCUAUCGAAAAACUCUCUCUUGGUCAUAGACAAGCCAUGGACACAAGUUGUUGGCACAUUCGACGCCCAGCCUGUCCACAGACAUAUUUUUGGAACAUAACACUGUUACGGGAUGGGCUUCGUACAGCGGGAAGGCGGCAAAUGUUGCCUUCAUCAUUUUUGAUCUUGCUUCUCUUUUUUUGCACUCUUUUGUUGUUGGAUGUGGGUGGGUUGGGGGGAGGCUUGGCCGUGUUGUGCAAUGUAUGGGUUGUAGCUUUGUUAACAAAUUAGUUAUUCAAUGUUUAAUACUAUUAUCUUAUUUACAAAAUCUUUAGUUUUUCA